UACGCUGUCGAGGAGGCCAGACUGGUCGAAGAGUAUACCGAGGCUGAUCGUCUUGAAAGGGCGGCCUAUGAGAAGUUUGGCAGUCAUUUACGCUUCCUGCACGCCGAAGAACGCAACUACGACAAGCGGAUGCGGCAGUGGGGCCUGAUGGGCACGAUCGCCGCCGGUUUCCUCUCCGCUCUGGUCACCUGGCUUCGGGUUCGUGGGCGGGCAAUCGAUCCGGAUAAGUUUACGAAUGGAAUGGAAUCAGUAGAUAGGCUAGUCCUGAUCUCGGUGAGUUUCCUUGAAUGA